AAAGUCUGCGCUCCCAGAGACCAGGGCUUUCAAAGACUGGAGGAGGAAGGCAGAGGAGGAGGAGGGCGCCAUGCCAAGCCCCAGGAGCCUUCACCCCCAGAAUGCCCUGGCAGCGGCAGCAGACCCCUGGCAGCCCCAGGAGGAGGAGGAGGAGGAGCAGGGCAGGGACGACCCUUGGUCCCCCAGCCCCAGGAGGCUGCAGCCGGCGGGCUUCCAAGGCACCCCUUGGGGGCUGCUCUUCUUCCUCCUCGCCUUUUGGGUGAGCGCCUCCAAAGGUGCACCAGUGGCAUCCCAUGUUCUACAAGGAGCACAAGAUUUGCAGUUGUGGAAUGAGAUAGAUGAUGUGUGUUCUUCUUAUCUGACUGGGGAAUCUCCACAUCAGUCAUCAAAUUCAUUCGAAGAGAUUUGCUUUAUGGUUCUGGAAUUUCUGCAAAAAGCUCAGGAGUUAGAUGAAAAGGACAUCACCAAAAGAUUCUUAUUUCAUUAUUCUAAGACCCAUGAUACAGGCAACUCAAAAACUCUGUCCUCUGUCCUGCAUCCUUUGCUGCAACUUGUUCCCCAACUUGAGAGGAGACUGAAGAGAUACAAAGAAGACGACGAACUUCGAAUACCUGGAGGAAUUCAAAGUAGGGGAUACUUUAUUUUCAGACCACGCAAUGGAAGGAGAUCUGCCACACUUCCUUAAAAUGAAUUGUUCAUCCUUGAAUCUCAACAGGACUACAGAUAAGAAGAGCAUCCUAUCUUUUAUUACAUAUACAACUGGGUUUUAUUUUAGAUAUUUCAUUCAAAAGCAAAUUUCUUAUAAUUAAAAGUGCAGUAUAAUCCUAUACAUGUUUACUUGCCAGUAAGUCACAUUAAGUUUAGUGGAGCUUACUCCCAAGUAAUAGUGUGCAGGACUGUAGCCUAAGGCACACAUGUUUCUUUCUUGAAGCAUAUUGAAAUAAUUCUGUUUCCUCAUGUUAUGUUCUUUG